AUUUAAAAUAUUAUUGGAAUGGACUCACAUUUUCGGCUAAGGGAGUUUUUUGUAGUGAUACUUAUGUAUGUAUGCUUCUUCUCGUUUUCCUUUUGUUAUAAUUUUUGUCCAGCGUUUUCCCUGUGUGUUACUGUCCUCCAACAAGCAGGCAUCGAGGAUUAAUCUAACGUGCUUAAUGUAGAUUGUUUUUUUGUUUUUUUUUUUUCAAUUAGUUUGUAUUAGAUCGCACCCGCUUUUAAUUUUUACUGGUUCUCUGUGUUAGUUUUGUAUUCCAAUUGGUUUCGCGCCCAUUUGUUAUAAUUUUAUUUAACCACUGUUAGUAUGUAUUUAUGCAUAUACAUAUACCAUAUUAAUACUUACUUGUAUGUCCUUUUCUUUUCUUGGCUUUUUUCUCUCAAAACUUUACAUUUAUACAAAUGAAUGUAUAACUACUAUCUUACUUAUCUAACAACAAAAAAAUCAAGCGAAGAUAAAGAUGAGUCAUCGCAGCGAUCAGAAGACACCGUCAGCAGAAGCAACAACAAACCGCAACAAACUUGCAGGCACCAACAAGCAUGCAAGUCAACAAACUCGCGGGCACAAGGCAAACAGAGUAGAAGGUGAGAGUGUGCCAGUUAAAAAAGGUAAAUCUGUUCAGGUUGGUAUUGACUGCUACAUUAAUAUAAAAAGAAAAUGUAGUCCCACAAAAACAGCGGUUAAUAGCAAAACAUUUCAACCCGGCACUCCCAGUGUUAAGAAGACUGCAGCUCUAAAUGGCAAUAGAUUUGCUUUACUGAUUAACGACUCAAAUGACGUUGCGAAGGAAGCCACCACAGUCGUCUCAUUGUAGGCACAAAUAACUUUCACAUAAGCUGUGUGACAAACGGUAGAAAAAUGGGAAUUCGAAUAAGUAAAAUUCUGACAUGUUCGUGUGAAUCCAAAUUUGACAACUUAUAAAUGUAAUUAAAAAAAUCGUUGC